GGUCACAUGACCACCACCGCCGCGCUGUAGAUUCUACGACAGCUGGGAGCCGCGCGAUAGAACAGAGAGCGCGCAUCGCGGCUAAGCGCGAGAGGCGGUCGUGCCUUCAACGCUUCGCGUAAACUUUCCGAAGCAUGGGAGACAAGAGAAGUCCGACGAGGCCGAAACGGCAAGCGAAGCCCUCCUCCGACGACGGCUUCUGGGACUGCAGCGUGUGUACGUUCAAGAACAGCGCCGAAGCGUUCAAAUGCAUGAUGUGCGAUGUCAGGAAGGGAACGUCAACGCGACACUGUUCUGGGGCCUCGAUGAAAGCAGAAGGGACCUGGAAACUGAAGCCAGAGGGAGGCAAUGCAGAACUGCAAUGUUGGAUUUUAGGAGACGCUAAAGGAAAGCAAAUGCUUGGAGAGAACGGCAGAAAACAGUGUGGAAGGGAGAUCUGGAACGGUGGGAGGCAAAGGACCAUCUGUCAAACAGGGGGCUUGGCAGUGAAGAGAUGCGAGGAGAAGAAGCCUCGUCCCGUUUCCCAGCUGGCAGCUCAGCAAGUCCCACAGCAGUUUGCUUCACCCACACAGCCCAAGAAAGAAAAAAAAGAGCGGACGGAAAAAGACAAAUGCGAGAAAGAAUCGACAAUGAAAAAGAAUAGCCACAAGAAAAUGAGGCCCAGGUUAAAAAAUGUGGACAGGAGCAGCGCUCAGCAUCUGGAAGUAACAGUGGGAGACCUGACGGUUAUCAUAACAGACUUUAAGGAGAAAACAAAGCCCUCCUCCAGUUCUUCCUCUAACGCAACUUGUGGAGACCACCACAGCCAGAGUGGAUCCAACUCGGAUAACACAGAAAAGGGGAUCUCCAGAUCUUCAUCCCCACGAGGGGAGGGUUCAUCUAUCAACGGGGAGUCCCACUAGGAACCCUUGCAUUAUGAACGCUACUUCCAGUGUCCUGCACUCAGUGUAUCUAUUUUACCACGGACAGACACAGGAGCAAGCUUAUACAUAUGAUAAGACUUACCAAGGCACAGACUUGACCCAGCAAUACAUGCCAUUUCUCACUACUUCCACAAUUAUAGAACCAGAUGAUAUGAACCGGAUGUUAACUGGUUUGUUACAAUGCUCAAUAGGUCAACUAAAUUGUAGACUUUUUAAGAAGCUUUGAUGAAUACAGAACAAACUGAAGAAAUGAUUUUUGACAUUUAUGUACAGCACCAACGUAACAUGUUAGAAUUAAAAAUCAGAGUAGUAUUUAGGAUUUAGACAAUGACACACAUUCUUCUCUUUACUUUUGUUUUGUGCUUUUGUAAUAUUUUUUUAAAGUCACUAUCAGUCGAAGCACGUCCUGGGAAUCAGGCCUGAAGCUAAACAAGCUUUGUGGUUAAAAAUGUGUUGCAACAACUGGAGAGAAUUUGCUAACGCAAUUGUAUCUGCAUUCCUGGCAUUUCAGUUGCAGCAGUUGAAUAUUGUAACUUUCAUAUACAUUAAAUGCAUUAUAGGGCGAGUAUAAAUCUAUUAAGAAAUGUGACCGAAACUAAACUUAAACAGUUGCUUCUUGCACCUGCUGGUACUUGUUAUGGUUUUAAGGAAAAACCGUGAAAAGCAAAUAUUCAUUGUUUGAGGAUUUGUCCUUUUUUCUUAAUUUUUUUUGAAACUUCAUGGUAGAUCGCAUCACUUGUGCGGCAGUUGUUCUACCAGCAUUGUUUUGUGUUAGAUUAUCUUGAUAUAAUUCUGUUAAUUCCACAAAAACAUAACAUUUAUGACUAAAAAUGAAAAAAUGUGUUUGUAAGAUGUUGACUUCAUUGCCUCCCUUUAUGAUGAAGAGUGGGAUAUAAAUAUAUUGCAGUAUAGGAAAUAUCUCUUAAUAAAAUGCAAGAUUUAGA